ACAACACAACACCUGAUGAAGAAAAUGUUUUUCAUGUUUGUUUAUUUCUCCUUUUCUUUCAGCUGUCUGAUAGGUGUGUUUGGUGAUAAAGUGAAGUCAGUGUCAGUGAUGGAGGGAGAUUCUGUUACUCUACACAUUAAUAUUAAACUACAGAGAGAUGAUCUGAUACUGUGGAGAUUUGGACCUGAAGAGAUUCGUAUAGCUGAAAUCUACAUAGAGGCCAAUACAUUCUCUACAUAUGAUGAUGUUCUUGAUGGGAGAUUCAGAGACAGACUGCAGGUGAAUAAUCAGACUGGAGAUCUCACCAUCACAAACAUCACAACUCAACACACUGGACUUUAUAAAAUAAUCAUCAGCGGCAAUCAGAAAACCUCACACAGAUUCAAUGUUAUUGUCUAUGCUCAUCUGCCCGUUCCUGUCAUCAGCAGAGACUCUUCUCAUAACUGUUCUUCAUCAUCAUCAUCAUCAUCAUCAUCAAUCUCAAACUGUUCAUUAUUGUGUUCCGUGUUGAAUGUGAGAGAUGUGAGUCUGUCCUGGUACAAAGGAAACAGUUUAUUGUCCAUCAUCAGUGUGUCUGAUCUCAACAUCAGACUCUCUCUACCUCUGGAGGUUGAAUAUCAGGAUACAAACACAUACAGCUGUGUACUCAACAAUACCAUCACAAACCAAACUCAACAUCUCAACAUCACUGAUCUCUGUCAGCCGUGUUUAGAUACAACAGGUCUCAAUGCAGAUAUAAUUCAGAUCUUGCGUGUUGCUGCUGCUCCUGGAUGUCUGAUCAUUGUCGCAUCAGUUCUGAUGUUCUGGAUCUCCAGCAAGCACAGAAACAUACAUCAACAGGUUCUGACCUAUGAAGAGGAGACGACUCGCACAGACACAACAUUUUUUAAAAAGACAAACACAUAAACCAAGAGCCCGAAUGGAGAAGUUCUAAGAUGAUGAUCAAACUCACUGUGAUCAACUUUCAGCCGUGUGAUCAUCUUCAGUUUCUGAUAAAACUUCACAUUCUGACUGUUUGUGAGUUUAUUUGUAUAAUAUUACAUAAAGUGCUGCUUAUAUUAAAAUGUCUGUGUGUGUAAUCAGAGGACUAGGAGGAGACCUCUUUGAUCACUAUGUCCUUCAUUUUUCUAACAUUUAAGUGGAGAGAAAAACGCUUGCACCCUUCCACAAAGUCCUCAACACCCCCACCCUGUCUAAAAGCAAACCGCAAGGGAUCAAAACUCUACACCUCUUAAACAUUUAAACCUUAACAAGUUUUUCAAACAUUUCAUUAUUAUUAAGGUCAUUAAAUUCCUGAGGAGUCUGGGAAACUACCCAUAGUGGUUUAAAACACAAUUAUUUUUUGGGUUGAAGUUAAACCUGAUGUGGAAAGAAAUGUGGUUUUGUUUUGUUGUUGGACACGAGAGAUGUGUUUGACUCUUGGUGGUACUUUGUGGUUAAUGUGCAUCUGUGUGUAUGUGAGAGUUGUGAACUUUGUGUGUAAUUUGUGUCUACGUGAGAGGUG